CAUCGGGACAUGGUGGUUGUGUUGACGUGUCAGCUGUCGGCUUACAUAGGAGGUUACGGGUGUACAUCAAUGAAAAAUUAAGUAACUUGCAAAAUGUUGACGAAAUUUGAAACAAAGUCAGCUCGUGUGAAAGGCUUGUCGUUUCACCCGAAACGUCCAUGGGUUUUGGCAAGUUUACACAAUGGAGUUAUUCAACUUUGGGAUUACCGCAUGUGCACACUGUUGGACAAGUUUGAUGAGCAUGAUGGGCCUGUUCGUGGAAUUUGUUUCCACAAUCAGCAACCACUUUUUGUGUCUGGUGGAGAUGAUUACAAAAUUAAGGUUUGGAACUACAAACAACGGCGCUGCAUAUUUACCUUACUUGGCCAUUUGGAUUACAUUCGUACUACAAUGUUCCAUCAUGAAUAUCCAUGGAUUCUUAGUGCAUCGGAUGACCAGACUAUCAGAAUCUGGAACUGGCAAAGUCGUACAUGCAUCUGUGUUCUGACUGGUCACAAUCAUUAUGUUAUGUGCGCCCAGUUCCAUCCCAAUGAAGAUAUUGUGGUGUCUGCAUCUUUGGAUCAGACUGUCAGAGUUUGGGAUAUAUCAGGACUCCGCAAGAAGAAUGUUGCUCCUGGCCCUGGUGGUUUAGAUGAACAUCUCAAAAAUCCUACUGCAACAGAUCUAUUUGGCCAAGCAGAUGCUGUAGUAAAGCAUGUUCUGGAAGGUCAUGAUCGAGGUGUGAAUUGGGCUUGUUUCCAUUCAUCAUUGCCAUUGAUUGUGUCAGGGGCUGAUGACCGUCAAAUUAAGUUGUGGAGGAUGAAUGAAGCGAAGGCAUGGGAAGUUGAUACUUGCCGUGGGCAUUACAACAACGUAUCAUGUGUUUUGUUCCAUCCUCGUCACGACUUAAUUUUGUCAAAUUCAGAGGAUAAAAGUAUUCGGGUGUGGGAUGUGACAAAACGCACAUGUUUGCAUACUUUUAGAAGAGAACAUGAGAGAUUUUGGGUCCUGGCUGCUCAUCCCUCACUUAAUUUAUUUGCUGCUGGUCAUGACUCUGGCAUGAUUAUUUUCAAGUUGGAAAGGGAGAGACCAGCGUAUGCUGUUUAUGGAAACUUGCUGUUUUAUGUGAAAGAGCGCCUAUUGAGGCGCCUUGAUUUUACAACUUCCAAAGAUACUGCUGUAAUGCAAUUACGAGGUGGUGGCCGCAGUCCGGUGCACAGCAUGUCCUACAACCCAGCUGAAAAUGCUGUACUCCUUUGCACACGCACAUCAAAUGUUGAGAACAGCUCGUAUGAUCUUUAUACUGUCCCUAAAGAUGUUGAUGGACAGAAUCCAGAUACACCUGAUAGUAAAAGGUCUUCUGGUGUUACUGCCAUUUGGGUAGCAAGAAAUAGAUUUGCUGUAUUAGACCGCACACAUUCUCUCAUGAUUAAAAACUUGAAGAAUGAAGUGACCAAGAAAGUGCAAACACCAAAUUGUGAUGAAAUAUUUUAUGCUGGAACUGGAAUGUUGUUGUUGAGGGAUCCUGAAGGUGUUACCUUAUUUGAUGUCCAGCAGAAACGAACUUUAGCUCAAGUCAAAAUUGCUAAGUGCCGGUAUGUAGUGUGGUCUGUGGAUAUGUCUCAUGUGGCAUUGCUUGCCAAACAUACUGUGAACAUCUGUAGUCGGCGCCUUGAAUCUUUAUGCUCUAUUCAUGAGAACACUCGUGUAAAAUCUGGUGCAUGGGAUGAUUCUGGUGUUUUUAUUUACACCACCAGUAAUCAUAUCAAAUAUGCUAUCUCGAAUGGAGAUCAUGGCAUUAUUCGCACAUUGGAUCUGCCAAUUUAUGUCACUCGUGUGAAAGGAAACAUGGUGUUUUGCUUGGAUCGUGAAUGCAAGCCUCGCAUUCUGAACAUAGACCCAACUGAAUAUCGUUUCAAGUUGGCACUUAUUAAUAGGAAAUACGAUGAGGUUCUGCAUAUGGUAAGAAAUGCUCGCCUUGUGGGACAGUCCAUAAUAGCGUAUCUACAACAGAAAGGGUACCCUGAAGUGGCUCUGCACUUCGUCAAAGAAGAGAAGACCCGGUUUGGAUUGGCCUUGGAGUGUGGAAAUAUUGAAGCGGCCCUAGAAGCAGCUCGUGCACUUGACGAUAAGCAGUGCUGGGAGCGUUUGGGCCAAGCAGCUUUGAUGCAAGGCAACCAUCAGGUUGUUGAAAUGUGUUACCAGAGAACUAAGAAUUUCGACAAACUCUCAUUCCUGUAUCUUAUUACUGGGAAUUUGGAGAAGCUCCGUAAAAUGACCAAAAUAGCAGAAAUUCGGAAAGAUAUGUCUGGUCAGUACCAAGGAGCAUUAUUACUGGGAAAUGUUGCCGAGAGAGUGAGAAUUUUGAAGAGUUGUGAACAACGCUCACUAGCAUAUUUGCUAGCUGCUACUCAUGGUUUGAAUGAAGAAGCAGAGAACAUUAGAUCAGAAAUGGAUCCUAACAAAGACCAAGUUCCUACUGUGAACAAUGAUGCUGUUUUGUUGAAACCUCCUGUUCCCAUUCUUCAGGCAGAAACAAACUGGCCACUCCUUACAGUAUCCAAGGGAUUCUUUGAAGGUGCUGCAGUUUCACGAAGUAAGAAUGGAUCAAUUGCAAUUCUCUCACCAGAUGUUAUUGAUGAUUCUGGAGCAGAUGGUUGGGGAGCAGAUGCAGAACUUGGUCUUGACGACGAAGGGCUGGGAGGUGAUGCUGAACCAGAAACUGGUGGUGGGGAUGCUGAUGAAGGAGGUGGUUGGGAUGUUGGUGAUGAAGAUUUGGAUCUUCCUCCGGAACUUGAAGCUGCUGCCGCACAAGGAGGAGGUGAAGGGUAUUUCGUCCCUCCUACUAAAGGAACAUCACAAGCUAGAGUAUGGGUGACCAAUUCUCAACUUGUUGUGGAUCAUGUAUUAGCAGGAUCAUUUGAAUCUGCAUUUAGACUACUUCAUGAUCAAGUUGGUGUCGUUGAAUUUUCUCACUACCGUCCCAUCUUCUUGAGCACAUUUGCUCGUGCCCGGACAUCAUUUUCUGCAUUGCCAUCAUUGCCUUCCUUGUAUGGUUAUCCACACAGAAAUUGGAAAGAUGCUGGGCCAAAAGGUGGCCGCCCUGCUGUAGGGUUGAAACUUGGAGACCUUGUACAAAGACUGCAGGUUUGUUAUCAGUUGACCACUGGUGGGAAGUUUACAGAGGCUAUUGCCAAGUUGCACAGUUUACUGCUGAAUAUUCCAUUACUUGUAGUGGAGACUAGGCAAGAAAUUGCUGAAGCCCAGCAACUUAUGCAAAUUUGCAAGGAAUAUAUUCUUGGUCUAAAAAUGGAAACGGCCAGGAAAGAACUUCCAAAAUCAACGUUGGAAGAACAGAAGCGUCUGUGUGAAAUGGCAGCUUACUUCACACAUUGCAAUUUACAACCUGUUCAUCAAAUUCUUACACUUCGAACAGCUUUGAAUCUGUUUUUCAAGUUGAAAAACUACAAAACUGCAGCUUCCUUUGCUAGGCGGCUCUUGGAACUUGGACCUCGCCCUGAAGUGGCCCAGCAAGCUCGCAAGAUAUUGCAGGCCUGUGACAAAAAUCCAGUUGAUGAACAUCAGUUGCAGUAUGAUGAACACAAUCCUUUCUCGUUAUGUGCCAGAACAUUCCGCCCUAUAUACCGCGGUAAACCAGAAGAAAAAUGUCCACUUUGCGGAGCCAGUUAUCUACCUCAAUUUAAGGACACAGUCUGCACUAUUUGUGAUGUUUCUCAAGUUGGAAAAGAUACAAUAGGCCUUCGCAUUAGCAUUCUCCAAUUUCGCUCUAAACUGAUACCUCCUGUAUAUUCUUGGUUGAUACCCCCCCUCUUUCUCCCCCCCCCCAAUUGUUCUAUUGAAAACAAUUGUUUGAGAGAUCUUCAUCUCUCAUUUCAACUCAAAGAUUUUGUCUCCAAAAACAGAGAGGGUGUGUGCACAAUGGUAUAUAAAAUUUGAAAUAUACAUAUAACGUAAUAAGAAUUUGACUGUCAGUACAUUUGACAUGUACACACUAUCAUGCAAAUAUUGUUGGAAUGCCUAAUGAGUAGUUUGCUCAAGAAAUGGAUAUCAGUGAGAGAAAAAAUAACUAGUAAUAAAUAGAAGGAAAAAAAGUGGUAGAAGCUUACUCCUGCUGCAAUGUUUUGUGACAGACAAAAAAUAAGUGUUGUGCCUUGUUUGUGCAGAAACAUGUUUUUGGAGUGUUUACCCACCUAAAAUGCAUUUGGGGAAGGGGUAAGACUUCUAUAGAGAUUAUUAUUUGCUCAUUUCAAGAUAAGUUUGGUGCUAUUUUUCAACUAAUCCUUGAUCGAUGUGAGGGAGCUAGAAAAAACAUGUUUUGGGGGGUUAUUGAGGUACCUGCAGUGAUAAACCGCUAGAAAUUGCCAUACUGCCCUUCAAGCAAUUGUUAUGGCUUGAUUCAUCAGAAUGAGGAAUAUUUAUCUCAUUUUGUAAUGAAACAGGAU